AUCUUAGCAGUGGGGAAUAAGGAAGCCCUCAAAGAGGAAGAGCUCCUGGGGUGUGCAGAAGAAGGAUCAGCUGUCCAUCACAUCAUGCUCGCUGCCACAGAGACCUUCCAAGUCAAUGAUUCACCACCCAAGAAGAGAAAUGGAGGGAAUGCCUUCAUGACUCUGGUGAUCAUCUACCUGGUUGUGCUUUCGGUGGGUGCUGUGCUGCUGCUGAUCCAAGGUCUGAAUUUGCAGGUGAGGCUCCGAACCUUGGAGAUGCACUUCCCCAAUGGAACACUGAUGAUGGAGGAACAUCCAUCCUCCUCACUGCAGCUGGCAUAUCCCAGAACACACCUGGCAACAGGACCAUCAGGGCUGCCCAUCAUUACAGCCCAGCUUACCUCGCUUCGCACCAACCAGGAGCACCUGCUUCAGUGGAUGGCCAACAUCACUAGCAAUCCAGAGCUGUUACAGAUCAAAGGUGAACCAGGCCCCCCAGGUCAAAAGGGGGCCCCAGGUGUGCCUGGCAUCCCUGGCCUUCCUGGGCAACCUGCAGAGAAGGGAGCCAAGGGGGAUGCAGGGCGUGAUGGACCCCCAGGUCUCCCAGGACCCCAUGGCCCACCUGGCAUCAAGGGAGAGGCAGGCCCCCAAGGACUCAUGGGUGCACCUGGGAAGCAAGGAGCUGCAGGCACCCCGGGACGCCAAGGCGAGAAAGGCAGCAAAGGCGAUAGCGGACUCGUGGGCCCCAAGGGGGAAGCUGGAGCUCAAGGAGACAAAGGCGACAAGGGAGCCCCAGGAUACAAAGGGGAAAGAGGCAUGAAGGGAGACACAGGGAUGAUGGGCCCUCCGGGAGUCCAGGGGAGUAAAGGUGACUUGGGAAUGCCAGGCCCAACAGGUUUGACUGGAUUUCCUGGAGCCAAAGGUGAUCAGGGACUCCCUGGAGUGCCAGGUGUUCUGGGUCCUCCUGGUGCAGUGGGACCCUCGGGUGCCAAGGGUGAGCCUGGCAGCAUCGGCCUUGUUGGGCUAAGAGGACCACCAGGGAGUCCAGGGAGUCCAGGAGCUCCAGGCUUGAAAGGAAGCAAGGGAGAUACAGGAGUCCAAGGACAGAAGGGAACAAAAGGAGAAUCAGGAGUCCCAGGUCCUGCAGGCAGAAAUGGAGAAGUGGGAAGGGCUGGAUCACCAGGCCCCAAAGGAGGACUUGGGCCAGCUGGUCAGAAGGGAGAACCAGGACAGAAAGGAUCUUCUGGACAGCAAGGAGAAAAGGGAGAAAAAGGUCAAGCAGGUGUACCUUUGGGAUUUGUCAGGAUUGUGGGCAGUAGCACCCGAGGCCGAGCUGAAGUUUACUUUAACAAUGUCUGGGGAACAAUUUGCGACGAUAGCUGGGAUGACUCAGAUGCCACUGUCUUCUGCCGCAUGCUGGGAUUCACCAGGGGCCAGGCCCUGGGCAGUUAUGGUGGUGGUUCUGGGAAGAUCUGGCUAGAUGAUGUUGCAUGCACUGGGUCAGAAAUGACCCUGUGGGACUGUAACAAGAGUAACUGGGGCAGUCACAACUGCAACCACAACGAGGAUGCAGGUGUGCAGUGCAACUAAGCUUGGAGCGCUGAAGUCACCACUCUGUCAUCCACAUGUCCAUGGGCUCCACUCACAUGGAAAAGGAAAGGAAAGUCUCUCUGCAGUUCCCCUGAGACUGGCUGGGCAGCUUCUAUAGAAGCAUCAUUAAUAAAGCUCACAG